GAAAUGGAAUAUGAAGCGUAAGUAUAAUCCCACUGUUAGUUCUUAUUUAUUGUUUUGCCCAUUUGCUUCUUCUCAUCGAUAUCCCGUUCCGUGAUGUAGCGGUCGCUUGGAUGCCCGGUGCAAUUCCUAACCUCAAGAGCUGGGUUCGGAACCUAGCUUCGACCUCUUCGUAUGCUGAGCGCUCAUGGCGUGAUUUAUCAAAGGGCCGAUGGGAGGUCAAAACUCAUGGUAAGCCCCUUUUCCAUGUAUUUGAUGGUUUUGUUCAGGCAUUUCUUACUUAAUUUCUUUUCAUAUAGGCCUUGGCAAAGUUGUUGUUAUGAGGCCCCUAUCUGGUGAGGAGGAGACUUCGAUCCCGGCACCGAAAUCGGCGAAGGACAAAAAGAGGAAAAAGACCUCACCCUUUGAGGAUCCAGAACCUAAGAAUCCUGACCGAAGAGUCUGUUCGGCAUCUAAGGGAGGAGGAGGAAGAAGAGGAAGAAGACGACUCCAGGCUGGUGGCCCGAGCAGGAAUGAGCACCGAGGCCCCAAAGGCCACUGAAUCGGUGAAGGCUGCAGACUUCGUCUCGAGAUAAGGGGGUCUCGGGAAAAGACUUGGGCGAAGUCCCCAAGUCAUCGAGGAUCGAAGAUGCUUCCCACCACACCGAGCCAACGAUGGGUACAGUUGUCGAGGCCCUUCGAGAUAAGGAGAACGCCCCAAGUGAUCCACUUGGGGUAAUAGAAAUUGGAGGCUUGCCGCUGCUCCCCUCAUUUUCUGAGGAGAUGAUUCAAGAGGCUCGGGCCUUGAAGACCCUCUCCAUCGAAGGAGCCCACGGAAGGGAGGAUCCUUUCCGUGAUUACUUUACUGGGGUCAAAGAUACUACCGUCUUGAGUGAUUUGGAAGUCUCGAGGAAGGACUCGGGGGAGGAAUCGAUCCUUUUCAACGAAGCACAGCAAGCUCUGAAUCGGGCCUCAGCGCUUCACCGAGAAGCAUUUUAUCGGUCUCGAGCCGACCUGAGUCGGUACGAGGCCGACAUUCAAAGGCUUACCUAGGAGAGGAAUGCCCUCAAUCUUCUCGGAAAGCAAAAAGAAGAACAGAUCAAGGACCUCCGAGCCGAAUUGGCCACGUCUCACAAAGAUCAGACCGACCUGAUCGAGCAGCUGCAGCAGAAGAUCGAGAGGAUCGAGCAGUUCCGCGAGGAGGUAGAUACAAUAAAGGCAUAGUCCUUGGGGUGGAAAGAAGGUAUGGAC